AUGAACGAGGAAAAGUUGAUGAUCGAGGAAAAACCUCCCAACGCCAAUUACAAGAACGAUUUAAGUUUUAACGUACGAUUGAACGUCUGGACGUUGAGAACAAUCGGCACUUGGCCAAGAUCUCCGGAUCAUUCCUGGUUAGAAACGCUGGAACACGUCUGCCUAAAUCUUUUCUGCUACGAACUACUCGCGUUCAUUCUGAUCCCGUGCAGUAUAUAUAUCAUCCUCGAGAUCAAAGAUUUUUACAACCAGUUGAAACUCGGUAGCGCGCUCAGUUUCUUCUUGAUGGCGGUGAUGAAGUACUGCGUCUUCAUUAUUCGCGAGGACGAUAUACGUAAAUGCGUGGAAUUGAUCGAGAACGAUUGGAAGAACGUGAAAUAUCAAGAGGAUCGUAAGAUAAUGUUGGAAAAUGCGAGUUUCAGUCGUCGAUUGAUCGUAAUCUGUGGCACUUUUAUGUACGGAGGGGUGGUUUUUUAUUAUAUCGCUUUGCCGCUCACUCGAGCGAAGAUCGUGGAAGAGGGUGGCAAUUUAACGUAUAGACGACUGGUUUACCCUUUUCCUAAGGCUCUUCUAGACGCUCGUCAUAGCCCAAUCAAUGAAAUUUGCUAUAUGAUACAGUUAUUGUCUGGCUUUGUCGCGCAUAAUAUCACGGUCGCCGCUUGUGGUUUGGCUGCUCUUCUUGCGAUACACGCGUGUGGACAGUUGCAGAUUUUGAUGUCUUGGCUGGAAAAAUUAGUGGAUGGAAGAAAGAACGAUAACGAGAACUUGGAUCAGAGAUUGGCUAAUAUUGUGAAACAACAUGUUCGGAUAAUCAAUUUCAUAGCUUUAACGGAAGAUCUCCUGCACGAGAUAUCAUUGAUAGAAGUCGUGGGGUGUACUUUGAAUAUAUGUUUCCUUGGGUAUUAUUCAAUGAUGGAAUGGGACUCGAAGCAACCUGUCAGUGGUGUCACGUACAUAAUACUACUUAUAUCUGUCACGUUUAAUAUUUUUAUAUUUUGUUAUAUCGGUGAACUCUUAGCAGAACAGACAGUGAAGGUGGGCGAGAAAUCUUAUAUGAUCGAUUGGCAUCGAAUGCCUUGGAAGAAAAGUCUUGCCAUACCAUUGAUGAUUUCAAUGUCCCAUUCGACUACCAAGAUAACCGCUGGCAACAUUAUCGAACUUUCCAUCAGCAGUUUUGGUGAUGUCAUCAAGACUUCAGUCGCGUACUUGAAUAUGCUACGAACAUUUACAACCUAAUGAUUUUUUUAAAAUAUUGUCAGCGAUAAAUUUUCACAUUGAACAUAGAAAAAAUAUAGAUAUAUAAAAAAAUAUAUCACACAUAU